GGGGACAGACAAGAGGCAAGCAGACAGAAAAGCAGCAAGUGAAUCACAGUCUGUGGCAGGUGCUGGGACGGGAACAGAGCGCGCUGGGAGGGGACACUUUAACAAGGGUGGUUUCCACGAGGAGACGGCCGUUUAAGAUUGAAGAGGAGGUCUUUGCUGAGGGUCACACUGAGCUGCGAGGUGCUUCGGGGGUGUCAUUAGGACUCAGCACCAUGGCAGGAGACAUCAAGACCAAAAUCAAGAACGACCAGACCGCCCCUUUUGACAGCCACUUCCCCAACCAGAACCAGACCCGGAACUCCUGGCAAAACUACCUAGACUUCCACCGCUGUGAGAAGGCGAUGACUGCUAAAGGGGGUGAGGUCUCCGUGUGUGAAUGGUACGGGCGUGUGUACAAGUCCCUCUGCCCCAUAUCCUGGGUGGCAGCCUGGGACGACCGCCGGGCGGAAGGCACGUUUCCCGGGAAGAUCUGAACUGGCUCCCCGCAGCUCUCGUCUGUAUUCCAUCCUUCUUCUAGGGCAGUGAAGGGGGGACCUGGGUACAUGGUGAUCCCCACCCUGGGAUCCUGAAGCAUGGCUUAACUAAUCAUAGAUACUCGUUGGAAAAGUUAAAAAAAAAAAAAAAAAAGAAAAAGAUUGAAGAGAAG